AUGGCACUGACAUACAGAACCUUGAUGCAGUUAGCUGGAAUUUUAUUAUGUUUGUUGGGAUGGGUGUUAUCCUGCCUCACUACCUACCUGCCUCAGUGGAAAAAUCUCAAUUUAGAACUGAAUGAACUGGAGAUCUGGACAAUGGGACUGUGGCAAGCCUGUGUGGUUCAAGAAGAAGGGGGAAUGCAAUGCAAGGAAUUUGAUUCUUUCUUGGCUUUACCCCCUGAGCUCAAAAUUUCUAGGAUUUUGAUGUUUGCAUCCAAUGGAUUAGGACUUUCAGGUGUCUUGCUCUCAGGUUUUGGAUUGGACUGCUUGAAGGUUGGUGAGCAACAACAGGAUCUAAAGAAGAGGUUACUGUUCUUGGGAGGAGUAUUCUUCUGGAUAUCAGGAAUUACAGCUAUAAUCCCAGUCUCUUGGGUUGCUCACAGCACAGUGCAGGAAUUCUGGGAUGAGACUAUUCCAGACAUCGUUCCCAGGUGGGAUUUUGGGGAAGCAUUGUUUAUAGGCUGGUUUGCUGGAUUUUGUCUCAUUUUAGGAGGUUCACUGUUAAAUUGCACUGCCUGUUCUACUGAUGUUCAAUCAUCAUCUGUCCAUUAUACAGUGGCAAAAGUACAAGAUACCUGUCAACACAUGGAAAGUGGCAACAGACCCCCCCGAGUCUAA